CAGUGAACAUGGGCAACAUUUUUGGCAACCUCUUGAAGAGCCUCAUUGGCAAGAAAGAGAUGAGGAUUCUGAUGGUUGGCCUGGACGCUGCUGGGAAAACAACUAUUCUAUACAAACUCAAGCUGGGCGAAAUAGUCACGACCAUUCCUACCAUUGGAUUUAAUGUGGAAACAGUCGAGUAUAAAAACAUCAGCUUCACGGUGUGGGAUGUCGGCGGCCAGGACAAGAUCAGACCCUUAUGGAGGCACUACUUUCAGAACACACAGGGUCUGAUUUUCGUGGUGGACAGUAAUGACCGUGAGCGGGUGAAUGAGGCCCGUGAGGAGCUAAUGCGGAUGCUGGCAGAGGACGAGCUCCGGGAUGCUGUGCUUUUGGUCUUCGCCAACAAACAGGACCUGCCUAAUGCCAUGAACGCUGCUGAGAUCACUGACAAGCUGGGCCUUCACUCGCUGCGCCACCGUAACUGGUACAUCCAGGCCACGUGCGCCACGAGCGGCGACGGUCUGUACGAGGGCCUGGACUGGCUGGCCAACCAGCUCAAGAACAAGAAGUGAGGCCUGCCUGCCUGCCAGGCUGGCAGCGCGGUGAGGAGAGCCCUGAGCCAGAGCCUCAGCAGAGAAGCAGCGCUGGUGGAAGUCUCCCGCUCUCUUGACAGGGUGAGAUGGGGGGGUGGGAGGCCAGAGCAGAGUUUACAACUGACCCUCUUCACUCCUCUCUUAACCUCCUAUUCUUUUGUGCUGAGCCCACUUGUAUAGACAUCAUUAUCUCUAUCAGAGGUGCAAAGGAGCUAUUAUGACAAUGAGAUGUUUUUGUGGUGUUUGUGAUGUUCACUUUUGUUCAGAUUUUGAAUCUGAGAAGCCAGGCUACCAUCGAUAUAUCGUAAAGUACUGUUCUGAGAUUCUGAACAAAUGUAUUAUAUUAAUUGAGAACAUUUUUAGAUCAAUACCAGCUUGUCAGGAAAGCUAUAAAGGAUUGCAAAUAGCCAAAAAGGAAAUAUAAAAGCAGCAUUUUCAUCAAUCAACCAGUCUUGGUUUUUUUUCCAAUCAUAAAUGAAUUGUUGCCGUGCAAUAUAAAAUGAUUAAUUCUACUUCUGACUGUUUCCUGUCUCUGGCAUGUGGUUAAAUCCACACUGUCUUUAUCUCAUGUCUCACUGCAGUUAAUUAGAUUGUUUCCUUUCAAAAGACUCUUCAACAAAGAUUUGACUCUCCACCAAACUCAAGAACCCUAUCAAUGAGGGAUUGGUUGGAGAUGAGUUGUGGUCUGAGAUAUUCCACAAAUGUUUGAAUGCUCUCCAACAUCAUUUCAAUUUUUCUAUGAUGGCUACAGCCAUGUGUUGGAAACGUUAUGUAAACUGCUCUUGUUUGACUGCUUUGGAAACAUAAGGAUAAAUAUUGGCAGCGGGUAUCAACAAGUAGAUGUGCAUUCUCUUGUAUCAAAUGGGUUGAUGGUUCAAUACACAUUUUGAAUGUGAUAAAUCCGCAGACUACUUAUUUUAAGGGCAGUAUACCAUCCAUUCCAUCUAGGAAACAUUUUAUCCAAAUAGCAUCAUUAACAAAGUUCUUAUAAACACAAGGCACCAUUUCCAAGCUUAGAAUAUGGCACCGUCCUUUGGCAUUUAUAUGGUGAGGGUUUAAGGUCAAAUCAAGUAUUAAAAUGUGUUGGCUUAUUACCCAAUGGCUUGUCUGCUUAUCUGCUGAUGUUGCAUGUGGUUUAGAGUGUUGAAAUAUCAUUUACCAAUUGCUAAAAAAUAAUAAUUUCUGCCUAUUGAUGUUUUGUGCUACCUCUUUCUUGGUUAUGUGCAACCAGUUGAUUAUGUCUGGUAAACUUCCUCUCUUCCUUAUUAUACACUGAACAAAGAGUUUGAGGUGUAUGUUGUGUCUGUUUCUUUAGAAUGAUCAAUGACAAUGCCACUGUUAUUGUAUUAUCACCCCUGUAGACAUUUCUGCGACCACUAUCAUGGGAAAAUGAUAAUAAAAAAAAACUUCACUGACGCUUUUGAUCAUUCUUACGGUUUCCCUGCCUCUAACUUUGUGUUGUAAUGUCUGUUAUUUAAGAUGACUGAUAAGACUGAUUUUAGCAACAUACAAUCAUGAUUUACACAUAAACUGUGAUGGGCAGCCAUCACAGUGCAGAAUUGCGGUGUGUUUCCUGUGUAGGAGGUGAUCAUGUCUGCCUGUGCUGAGGAGACAUACUGGAAAAACUCUGAUACUCUUUGCAUCAUAUUACAUCUUGGUGUGCUGAUCAUUGGUGUGGUUGUCCACUGAUAUGUUUGAAGUUAUUUUAAAAUUGCA